GCCCCAAAGCGGGGAGGCGGGGGAGAGUCGAGGGUGACCCGCGAGCGCCGCUGCUACUGCGGGGGGAGGGAACAAGAUGGCGUCGGAGGGCGAGUUGGGCAGGAAGUGGGAUCGGUGUCUGGCCGACUCGGUCGUCAAGCUGGGUGCUGGUUUUGGAUUAGGAAUUGUUUUCUCAGUUAUCUUCUUUAAAAGAAAGACGUGGCCUAUUGCAUUUGGGUCAGGGAUGGGAUUAGGAAUGGCUUAUUCCAAUUGUCAGCAUGAUUUCCAGUCUCCAUAUCUUCUCCAUGGCAAAUUUGUAAAAGAACAGUGACUAAUGACUUAAGAACAUCCCAGUGGGACGAAAGGAGAAAUCAUGGUUAUUCCUCAGGAAUAUUGAAGUGCCCCUGGAGUAAGCCAACGUUCUUCUGAAACACUUAUCGGUUGCUCUUUAUACUCCAACAAGCAGUUUAUGUACAUGAAACAAAGUUCUGCAUCUUGUUUUGUAUUUUCUCUCUGGAAAGGGCCAGGAGGAACUCUUCUGAGAAAUAAAUAAAACAAAAGUGGACCCCC